CUUCAUACAUCCACCAUCAAGAACCAUAGAACACUUAUCCAUAUCCACUGCAGCAUUGCCGCCCUUUCUCACACUCUUCUAGUCCUCCAUAAUCCACCCACUGACCCUCCCUCAUCGCUGUUCCUACAGGCACAAACUCGUUACGCACCGAAUACGGAAAAAACAAUCAAAAACUAUAACAAUACAUCCUAUCCAUCCGCCCACGGCAUCUCCCAGCAACUGUUUGUUUUCUUCCCUUCCCAGGACAGCCAGACAUAUCCCGGUCUGUACUCCUUGAUCGACCUCUUGACGUAUUGGAAGACAUCGAAAAGAAAACGGCCAACAUUGCAGCAGGCACUAUACUUGCCUCUAUAGCACCAGGUCAACAUAGCCUAUUCAUUCCCUUUUCUCGUCUGCCUUCCCUGGCGCUUUCGUGGUUGUCUGUUUGACACUCAUCCAGCGAUAUUGUUUGUUUGCGCGGUGACGAAAAGCGGCCACCCAUAUACAUAUAAUGACUGCUCCUCACACCCCAACUCCCAUCCAACGAUACCCUCCGUCCCUCUCCCAGUCGCCUUCCGGCCCAUCCCGUCCUCCACGUACCUAUCCUAUUCCAUCCAUAGACUCCUCCGUCGCAUCUCCGCCUAUUCCUUCGGCUCCAUUGAACGAGUAUACCUCUCUCCAGGAGCUUCUCCAGCGGGCGGGAUACAAAGAGACUAGAGUGUAUACCCCUGAAGCUGAAAAGGUACGAAAACACAUCAAAAAAACGUUGGACGAUAAUGAGGAGGAAGUCAGCGCGCUUUAUGGGACUUACGGAUUUGAUAGGACAAGAGGACCAGGCAUCCACCAUGCGCACCAGAAUGUGACGGAACCUAUCAUGCCUAUGAAGAGAUCAGCAUCCAUUCUUCGGUCCCUUGCCCUUCAAGCGGCGGCCAGGUCCAAGGCCGCUGUCAAGGAGGAGGCUCCGGAACAUUCUUGGUGGACAACGUGGGGGAAAACCCAAAAGAUUUCGUCCCCAGAAGGGCCCACAAAAGUUGGUCUAGGCCUUGCGAAAAAUGGAGAAGGUGUGCGGAAAGUCCAAUCCGCUUGGGACAUAGAAAGGGGAAGAUGGAGGAGAGCCGAGACAGAUUCCCUGCCACAAGAGGAGCGGCCGCCUUUGCCUCAAAUGAGGCAGACGAGCACUCCCCAUGAGAUGACGGCGGCCACAGGCUACACAACCACAAAAACGACAACUUGUCCAAUGGACAGGGACAUCUUUUCCUCGCCUCCACCUCCGCAAGCUUUAUCUGAUGAUGCUUUUGGCUAUUGUCCACUUCCUGAUGAUUACGAGGCCCAGUGCGACGAAGACGAAGCCUUGUACGAUAUGGGUGUAAAUGAUUACGACGUUUACUCUAUCGGUUCGUAUUCCGCCUCAGACUCCGCCCACUCCAUGCACAGCAGGACACCGAGUGAUGAUCGCGCGGAGAGAGAAAUCAGGGACUUUGAGAAUGAAGUGGAUGACGGAUUACUCGAUGAGGUCAAUGAUGUUGGGAAGAGGUUGUUGGCAAGCGCAGUCGAGUACGAUGAAGAUUUGGAAUGCGACUCUCCUCCAAUGCGAACCUGGGUCCUUCCACAGGUGGAUACCUCCCGUCCCCAUGAAGCACCGAAGAUUCCUCUUCCUUCUCCUCCUAUCGAAGUCGCUCCCCGUGAGGAAAAGGGGGACAAGAUUCCAGAACCGGCCAAGCCUUUAAAGUAUGGUGAUCGCGCAACCAAACUCCGCCUGGCUCACUCAACCCCCAAUUUGAAAAAGCCCGAUGCUCAAAACCCUUCUCUUCCUGCCGGUUGGCUCGGAUCCAUCCGCAGCGCUCUUCUCGGUUCUACUCAGUCUCCAAGCCCAACUCCUGCUACAUCUUCUUGGAAUCCUUCCAUGCCCAUCAAAGUGACAGCCCCGACUCCUGCUCAACCUCGGCUUGUAACAGCUGGGCCAGUCAUCUGUGAUUCUGCUUCAGGAGACGCCGAAGACUUACCCCCAAUUCCUCCUCCAAAGGCCAAACAGUCUUCAGGACCUAUUUCCAUUUUACGCUUGCGACCAUCCAUUGCAAAGUUGCGCGACGUUGUUUUGGGCCAGUAUGCAGAAGCCGAUAGAGAUGAUCCUUUAGUGUUAAGCCCGAGGAUGGAUUGGAAGCAGCAAGGGGAGCAGUUUGCUGGAUGGAGUCCUAUCAGGAAAAAGGGUGACGGAGGUGAGGGCGAAUCCUUGUAUAGCGUAAGGAGUGGGGGUGUUGAUUUCUCUAAAUCAUUCUUCUAUAAACCAGGAACGCCACCCAAAGUCAAAGCUUCAGGAAGUUGCGAAACCCCAAAGGCCAGUAACACGGUGUCUCGCGGACUGAAGAAACAACGAUCAAUCAAAUCGCUACAAGCUGCCCUCCUGCUUCCUGUCGCAUCCAGCCCUAUCCCUCCUGUGCCUCCAAUUCCUUCCCAUCUUUCAACACCAAAGCGCAUACCAGUGCUUGCCAUCCAAAGUCCACAAGCAGCGCAGCCAAGAGAGUUGGUUUUAGAUGGGGACGAAUUUAAUCCGCAAAGUGCCCCAGGAAGUGGCAAGAGGGGAAGAGCGAACACAAAGAAGGGUAACGGAGUGAGAAGGAGAAAGAGUAAGAAGAAGGGUGUUUUGAAGGAAGACUCGCCGUGAUUUGGAAUGCUGUGAUGGGUCGUGAAGCUCUCCUACGUUUCUUUUUUUUUUGCUUUACUAUUAUUACCCAUAUUAUACGCUGCUGCCAUUUGUUUAUUAUUAACGUCCGUAAUGCCUCUAAUGUCUGCUUACGUUCCAUAUGCCCCAAAUGAUUCAAUCAAGUAACUCCAGUAGAAGUAAGAACCGUAAUACAUCAUAAUUGCCAUGCUAUGAAA